UCAGUUUGAUAGGAAUGAGUGGCGUUAUUUUGUUUCGUUUGAUAUUUAAAAUGAAGUAAGAUAAACAGAAAUUUUGAUUUGUUUGUUUAAACAUUAUUUCUUUAUGUCGAAAAGAACAUAUUUAAGUGGUUCACAAAAAAAAUUAUAGCUCAAAAAGAAAUAACGGAAAAACUUCCAAAGCUCACUUCGUUUUUUACGGUUGAAGAAACAAAUAAACCGAGGGAUUAUUCAUCCUCAUCACCGCAAGAUACAAGUAACUCUGAAUGUCACCAGGAAAAAGAAGUUACGUGUGACGAAAAUGACAAACACACAUUAGAUGCUGAACCAUCGACUUUAAGCUACUGUGAAUUAAUAACUGCAAGCUUAGAAAAUGUAUCUGUGUCUACCCCGUGUGUACCCCGAUACUUACUGUGACGACAUUUUACCGGAAAAAGUCCGUGAUAUCUGGAUUCGAAAAGAGCCAGAGCUUUCCAAAAUAUAAAUAGUGACUCCGAAAGUUCUACAAGUUAUCCAGAUUCAAAUGGUAAAACUUGACUAAAAAUAUUUUUAUACGUAAAUUGACGAAUCAUGAGUCUUUAGAAAGAAAAUGGCUCCUUUAUUCACCAGUAAAGAAAUCUGUAUACUGUUAUUGCUGCCGUCUAUUUAGGUAAUACUACUACUGCUACUGUACAUAAUUUAAGUUCUCCUAAUGGAUAUAAAGAUUGGAAGCAUUUAAAUAACUUAUUGAUAGAGCAUGAGAACAGCUUACAGCACAGCUUCGAUCAUCAAUAGUAAUGGCUGGUGGGCUGUGAGCUCGUCCACACAUCUAAGCAAUAAAAAAAAAUUAACAAAUAACUGAUUAUAAUUUUAAAAACGUUUCAAUUGAACACUAUCAAAAUGAGUGAAAGUGAAACCGAAAAAAAUUCUCCUCGAAAAUGAAAAAAGAUGCAUUACAAUCAAAAAUAUUCUCAACUAUGGGAAAAAGAAGAAUAUUAGCGGCCUGUAAUUCUGUUUUAUCAUUGGAUUUCUAAUAAAAAUAUUUCAAAUAUGUCUUAUCCAAUCGAAAAGUAAAUUAAGGAUGCCAGAUUCUUAUUGGAAGGUCUCUAAAAGACUUGAAAAGUAUGGGUGGUAGAUCCACCAACUUUUCAUAGUAGGGUUUGUUGGAAACUACCAACUUGUAAAACCCUAUCUCCCACCUUGACGAAUUUCGAGUUGGCAACGCUGGCAUAUAUAGGCUGUGUUCCCUUUGCCUGCAAAAUAGUAAAAAAAAGAGUUGUUUCAGUUGUUUGUUUAGUUUCUUAAACAUGUGUGACAAUAGUAUUUUUUAUUUAUUCAUUUCUUUUUAUUUACGUACUGUUUAGUUAUUUAGCAUUAAAAGUCUAAUAUGAAUAAAGAAUAUAAAAUAUCACACACAGUAGUUUGAAGACAAACAUUCUGAAAUUUAACGAUAUUUAAAAAUAAGUAUUAGUGAAAUUAAUAUUAUAGGGUUUAGUGCUUAGUGCAUCAGUAGAACAUUGCUUAGUAAAAAUAAGAUUUGAUCCCUGUUCAUUAAAGUACAAAUUUAAAAUUAAAACUAUUUAACAAUUGUGAAAAUAUGAAAAAGUACGCACAUCGCAGCUACACAUAUACACCUCUUUUGGACGCAGAACAAACAAAAGACCAUGAGAUGACGUGGCGUUUCUGGCGACGGCGGCGUUUAGUGGUAGCGCUGUUGGCAUUCUUCGGGUUCUUCAACGUUUACGCUCUUCGCGUGAACCUCUCAGUGGCCGUCGUGGCCAUGACGGAACCGGUGGAAACGAAACUGGAAAACGGUACCAUUGCUAUGAUUCCAGAAUUCGACUGGAGCACGCAAACGAAAGGCCUCGUCCUAAGUUCGUUUUUCUACGGAUACCUAGUCACUCAGCUCCCUGGCGGCUGGCUCGCUGCUAAAAUAGGAGGUAACAGGGUGUUCGCUAUCGGCAUCGGGACCACGUCGCUGCUAACCCUGUUCACGCCUCCGCUCGCCCACACCAGCACGGCGCUACUCAUCGCCGUCAGAGUUAUCGAAGGAUUCUUCGAGGGCGUGACGUACCCGUGCAUCCACGCGGUGUGGGCGCGCUGGGCGCCGGGCGAGGAGCGCGCGCGGCUGGCCACGCUCGCCUUCAGCGGCAGCUACGCCGGCACCGUGGUGGCCAUGCCGCUGUGCUCGCUGCUGGCGCACUACACGGGCUGGCCCGGCAUCUUCUACGUCUUCGGUAUACUGGGAUUGAUUUGGACGACAGUGUGGUGGAUAGUUGUGAAGGAGUCCCCGGAGAAGGACCCAAGGAUUAGCGCCGCAGAACUCAAGUACAUACAGGAGACUCGAGGCACGACGCUGACUGAUGGAGCGAAGCACCCCUGGAAGGCGAUGCUGACGUCGGGUCCGGUGUGGGCCAUUGUGGUGGCGCACUUCAGCGAGAACUGGGGCUUCUAUACUUUACUCACGUUCUUGCCUACGUUCAUGAAAGAUGUGUACAAGUUCGAGACGUCGGCCACGGGCUGGCUGUCGGCCAUCCCGUACCUGGCGAUGGCGGCCACGCUGCAGGGCGCCGGACACCUGGCCGACUGCCUGCUGCGCCGCGGCCUGCUGUCCCGGACCAACAUACGGAAGCUGUUCAACUGCGGAGCCUUCCUGUCCCAGACCGUGUUCAUGAUAGCGGCGGCCUACUCCACGUCGGUGGUGGGCUGCGUCGUGUGCCUGACUAUAGCCGUCGGCCUGGGGGGCUUCGCGUGGUCCGGCUUCAGCGUGAACCACCUGGACAUCGCGCCGCCCCACGCCAGCGUGCUGAUGGGCGUCUCCAACACGUUCGCCACGCUGCCCGGGAUCGUGAGCCCGCCCCUCGCCGGGAGCAUCGUGCUCGACAAGACGGCGGAGCAAUGGCGCGUCGUGUUCUUCAUAUCGAGCGCGAUCUAUCUGUUCGGCGCCGUCGUGUACUACAUAUUCUGCUCGGCCGAGCUGCAGCCCUGGGUGCUGCACGACCAGUCCGACGCCAGCUUCGACACGGACGGCGCCUCCGUCACCACGGCCGGCGGAUACGACAACAGGGCCACGGACCACAACUCGGAAAUGUAAAAACUACUUUAACUGAUAAGCCAGAUAGAGAUUUGCCGUCUCGUUCACUCGAAACUUUCUGAACUACAUACAGCUUUAGUUAGACACGGGUAAUUUAUUGUAAACAGCUCGAAAUACAUUAUUAAGUAACAAUAAUCUGUGAAAUGGUGAUAAAUGGACGAGGUGAAGAUUCCAUCAACCGAGAGAGGGCGCGCGGUGCAAAUCUGCCCCCCCACAAAUGAACUCAAACCUAGCCUAUACUCUUAUCAGACAGGCUACGACAAAACUCAACCCGAGCUGCUUACAGUGACCCCGGUCGAGCAUAAAGGGAAUCGAUAGUUUUUAACACCACCUGUGACGUCAUACGGGGCUAAAACAAGCUACGGGGACCAUCGAGCAAUGACGGGUACCUGCUCCAUCACGGUGGCUCACGACGGCUAUAAACCUAUGAACUACACCAUAUUAUUAUUAUAAAGUCUAAAACGCAUAGACCAUAUUAUGACGUCAUGCAUUGUAUUAGGUAUCAAAAAAGCGUCAGAACAAUUAGAUAUUGUUCGGCGAUUUCAAACAAAAAUUGUCAACGGAUUAUCGAUUUAACGCAAUUAUAAUGCCGUAUAAAUAAUUCAUAGAAUAUUUUACGAUCGGCCUGUUUAUUAGAACGCUAAAUAAAUAAAUAAAAUUUAAAUCGUUUCAAGUAUUGUUUCAUGAUGCAUUUAGGUAAUAUGGAACAAUGUUGACGAGUUAUCACGAUUGACAUUCCGUAGAGCAUUGACAGUGUUAAUGGUCAUCACAAACUUCCUACUUUAAUACCUUAGCUAUGAAGCAACAGGGUAUUGUACUUUGUAAAUAAACAAUAGCGUAAUUAAAUAAAUGUGAUAUAUUAUUUAGAUGUAGGGAUGCUAUCUCCGUGCUUAAAGCGCCUUGCGUUUAGCACUAGCACGGUCCGCGAGCUUUUUAAUUUCUCAAUCGUGUAAAAGUUAACUAAAAUUUCUAUAGACUUAGAACAGCGCCCCUAGCGGUAAACGAAGGGAAUCUGAUCUAUCUCUGUAUACCAGCGGUCGGGGAACCGGGGUAAAUUACCCCAAAUGGGGUAAAAUGUAAUUUUGGGGGGUAAAAAUGAAACUUUUGUGGGUAAAAAAUAUAUAUUGAAGUGAAACUUCUUUAGAAUCGUUAAAUUUUUAGUUAUUGUUUUCUUUUCAAAAUUAUCAUGGGGGCUAUAUUAUGAAAAAUACUAAAAAGAAGCGCUUUCUUUUUUUUUUGUUCUUAGCCAUGGGGUAAUAUAACUUACACAAAAAUAUUUUGGGGUAAUAAUUAGAAAACUUCCCCGACCGCUGCUUUAUACAAAUUCGAGUUAACUUUUACGUGAUCGAGAAGUUAAACACACCGGUGACUCGGGUCGCUGACCCCGCCAAGUCUCACCGGACGCGCGACGCGAACGUAGGUACCACCAUUUGUACCAAUGUUCUAAUUGAAUAUGCAAUUUCGAAAAGGGCACAUGUCGCAUAUUUUGACAAAUACGUUUUUUCAUAUACAUGUAGUUUUGAGGCCCACCUACACCCAUUUUAUAAUAAUUCCAGUAAUUUUCAAUUGCUAAUUAACACUUAAAUAUAUCUCAAAAGUUAAUAGGUAUUUUAAAUUUUACACUGUUUUAGAAAACUAAUCAGUUUUUUUUUUCAUUUCCAGAACAUUUUACAUUUUCAGAGAUGUGCCCUUUUCGAAAUUGCAUAUUCAAUUGUUUCCGAAACAUCUCACAAGGGUAGAGAAAUUAAAUAGAAAUUUAAAUUUUGUUGAAUCUCACAUAAUUGAUUAAUCUGUUUUAAGUCUUAAAAAAACAGACAAAUUCCGUUUUAAGUUAUAUAAAAGGAACGUUGGUCCAACAAAAAAAAUUGUAUAAUUUUUGUUAGAAAUAUUUACAAUGUAUAUUAUAUAGAAAAUGUUUACAUUUCGCUUUGACUGCUUUUAAUUUGCCGUGUAGGUAUAAUACAAGUGAUAAAAGAAUGUAUGAGUUAUAAGAUUUUAUGUAUUCGAUUAAAGAUAUAUUUACACAGAAA